AUGAGCCUGGAACUGUCACUUUCGACGUUUGACCGGGGGCGCCUGAACCUCUCGUGGUCCACGUUUACCUCGGAUCAUUUCGCCCCCUCGGACGAGCCCAGAAGACUGGAUCUCAUCCUGUCGCCGGAUCUGACCACUUUGUCCAGCUUCAUGGACAGCUUUGAGACCGUGUGGAAUGAGAACCGCGACGAGUCGGCGCUGGACAAGCUGUUCCGUGCUUCGCCUCGUGCUUGCGAGGUCAAUCUCAGCAAUGCCGUAGACCUCCGCGCAGAGGGUAUCACCAACCAGGAGCCUGUCCAGCCUCUGUAUUGGUCGGCCAAGAGUGCGAUUGCGGCCAGGGCGUACCAGUCGAUCUACGCCCACAGGUACGAGAUCAAGGUCGCAGAAGAGUUUGCGCGUUUUCCGUAUCGCGGCUUCCUCAUCCCCAAGGAAACCAAGAUGGUUCGUGGUCUGCCAUACCAGUACAUCGUGGUCAUCACGAAGUGCGAAAACCAGGACUACAUUCCACGCGCGGGCACGCGCCUGAACAUCACCAUUGACGGCAAAUGGGGACUCGAGCCACUGCCGAAGGAAAUCCAGCCCGCGGAAAAGGUCAACAUGCUCUUCAAGGCCAUUACCAAAGCAUACGCUGAGGGGCAGCGCAAUGACGACAUUGAAAGCCAUGUCAUUGAGCGUUUGCAUGUACUUCUGGUCGCGGGCACGGAUGAUCAGAGCCCGGAGCUGCCACAUUCGUCCUCCUCCAACUCAGCCUUAUAUGGACACGUUACGUCAGCCUUGGUCACAUGCUGUUGA